GCUCCGCUCCCGAACUGCAGCUUGAGUCAGUUGUGUGGAGGUGGCAGCGGCGGCAGCUCCGGCUGGCACACCGGCUCCGGCUGGCACACCGGCCCCGGCAGCCACGCCAGCCCUCGGCCGGCCCCGCACGGUGCCCGGGCCACCAGCACCCAGGACCACCACCAGGGCUGGAACCGGCCGCCGCACCUCGGAGAGGGUCCCUCAGGUCCCCAGCACCCACCGGGCCAUCUCACCCCGGUCUCCUCCUGCGCCCCUGCUCCGUGAGCCCCCCAAACCCCUGCCAGCGCCCUCCACCACCAGGGACCUGCACCCGGGCUCCAGCCCCACUCCUGGCACCUUGGGGCCCCGUGCCCUGGGCAUGACGGGCCCCAGCCUGGCGCGCUGACAGCGAGGAAGGCAGCGGCCGCCCCGUCCCCCCGCAUGCCCUUUGCCCACGGUGCCGCCUGCCCCCCGUCGCGCCUGGCAGCCCCCCGCUCCGUGGCCACCAUGGGCGAAGCGCCCGAGCCGUCCUCCCAGGCGCCGCUGGCCGUGCUCUCCAAGGUGGAGCUGCGGGUGAGCUGCAAGCACCUCCUGGACCGCGACACCCUCAACAAGUCGGACCCCUGCGUCCUGCUGCUCAUGCAGUCCCAGGGGCAGUGGGUGGAGGUGGACCGCAGCGAGGUGAUCAAGAGCAACCUGAACCCCGUCUUCGCCAAGAUCUUCACGGUGGACUACUACUUCGAGGAGGUGCAGAAGCUGCGCUUCGAGGUGUACGACAGCCACGGGCACGCCGGCGUCGGCACGCACGACGAUGACUUCCUGGGGGGCAUGGAGUGCACCGUGGGGCAGAUUGUGGCGCAGAAGCGGGUGACAAAGCCGCUGUUCCUCAAGUACGGGAAGUUUGCUGGGAAGUCCACCAUCACGGUCAUCUCCGAGGAGAUCUCGGGGAACAACGGCUACGUGGAGCUGGCCUUCCGGGCCAAGAAGCUGGAUGACAAGGACCUCUUCAGCAAGUCUGACCCCUUCCUGGAGAUCUACCGCAUCGACGACGACCACAGCGAGCAGCUGGUGUACCGCACCGAGGUGGUGAAGAACAACCUGAGCCCCAUCUGGGAGCCCUUCAAGGUCUCCCUGAACUCGCUUUGCAGCUGCGAGGAGAAGAGGAAGCUGAGGUGCGUGGUGUGGGACUACGACUCCCGGGGCAAGCACGACUUCAUCGGCGAGUUCUUCACCACCUUCGAGGAGAUGCAGAAGGCGAUGGGGGAAAACAAGGUGCAGUGGGAGUGCAUGAACCCCAAGUACAAAAUCAAGAAGCGCAACUACAAGAACUCGGGGGUGGUGGUGCUGCUGGACCUGAAGAUCCACAGGGUCUACUCCUUCCUGGACUACAUCAUGGGCGGCUGCCAGAUCCACUUCACGGUGGCCAUCGACUUCACGGCCUCCAACGGGGACCCCCGCAACAGCUGCUCCCUGCACUACAUCAACCCCUACCAGCCCAACGAGUACCUCAAGGCGCUCGUCGCCGUGGGUGAGAUCUGCCAGGACUACGACAGCGAUAAGAAAUUCUCUGCUCUGGGCUUUGGUGCACGGAUCCCCCCCAAGUACGAGGUCUCCCACGACUUCGCCAUCAACUUCAACCCCGACAACGACGAGUGUGAGGGCAUCCAGGGCGUCGUGGAGUCCUACCAGAGCUGCCUGCCCAAAAUCCAGCUGUACGGCCCCACCAACGUGGCCCCCAUCAUCUCCAAGGUGGCCCGCGUGGCGGCUGACGAGGAGCGGACCAAGGAGGCGUCGCAAUACUUCAUCCUGCUGAUCCUGACGGACGGCGUGGUGACGGACAUGGCAGACACGCGGGAGGCCAUCGUCCGCGCCUCCUACCUGCCCAUGUCCAUCAUCAUCGUGGGCGUGGGCAACGCCGACUUCACCGACAUGCAGAUCCUGGACGGGGACGACGGCGUCCUGCGCUCCCCCAGGGGCGAGCCCGUCCUGCGCGACAUCGUCCAGUUCGUCCCCUUCCGGGAGUUCAAGAAUGCGUCCCCGACGGCGCUGGCCAAGUGCGUGCUGGCCGAGGUGCCCAAGCAGGUGGUGGAGUACUACAGCUACAAGGCCUUCCCGCCCCGCUGCCCCCAGCCCGACACCCCCGACUCCAGCCUCAGCUCACCCCAGUGAGGGCACCCGCGUGGGGACCGGCACCGUGCCCCCGCCGUGCCCGGCCGGAGACACGGGGACAGCCCCGGUGCCCUGGUGCAGGACGCCACGCCGUGCUGCACAGGGGCGGCCGGGUCCCCAGAGGGCACUGCCCGCUGCCGGUGGCCCGUGCCCGUGGCCCAUCCCCGCUCCGUCCCCUGCCCUCGUGGUCCCCUGUGGUCCGUGCUUGUCUGUCGCUGUGAUGCCAUUUCGAGGCUGCAUGACGAACCCGUCCUCGGUGCGCGGGAGGCACCAGCCAAUAAAGCAACCUGCCCCUUC